UGGGUCAGCCAAUCUUACGGCAUUUUGGAACCAUUGCGCAUGUUCCCUGGAUUCCUUGAUGGCGGCGUGGUGGAAUCGUGGGUUCAACUCAAAGCAGCACUCCCGUUAAAGUCUAGUGAAUCGUGCAGCCCCACAGCACACGUCAGAUUGAACGAAGGGCACUGAAAUUCGAAGAAUCGAAGAAGAGCGAGUGGAUAAAUCGUUUUCCUGUCGCUCCUCCUGAGCUAUAUCACAUGAGAGCUCCGCCGUGCCAACUCGCCGCUCCUUUUCUUCACUCCGGCAUUGCGGAGCUGGUGUAUGUGAGGGAUGAUGAUGGACCAGACUCUGGAGGCGCAGCCCCAGCUUCCUGAGGUGGGCUUCCCACACAUGCUCAGUUCGGACUGCAUGCAACAGAUGAUUCUGGUGCAGGUGAAUCCAGGGGAUGCUUUUACUAUACCCACAGAGGGAGGCCACAUCCAAUACAUUACAGGUCCUGCUCCUUUGCCUAUGCUUUCCCACAAUGGCUCAGUGGGCCCGAUCUACCUGCCUCCAGGCUACAUGCCUCCGGUCAUGGAGGAGAAUGGCAUGCGCAAGAUGAUGCUGCUGCCCCAUGCGUUGGAGUUCCACCCCUCCCUGCCCCCUCCUCCCCCACACCUGUCCCACUACCCCCCGCACCACCCCGCACUGUUGCCCCACCCGCACAUCUACCCGCCCGAGAUGCCCCCACACUACAUCCACCAUAUGCACUCGCUGCCUAUCUACCCAGAGCAGGAGUUGAUGUGUCACAGCAUGGCGAUGCCUUCCCUGAAGGUUCAGGACCAACUGCACAGGCGUCUGAAGGAUCGCUCCCCGCCGGUCGCUAAUGCCAACCCAAACACUAACGGGGUGCACCUCAGCACCCAUUCGCCACUGCCUAAAGGGGCGCCCCUCGCCCUGCACAACGGCCACGGCAAGCCCCCCAUGCCCUCCCCACACCCCUCCCGACACAGCAAACCUUCUGGCCGGACCAGAGCCACACCUCCCUCAGAUACCGAAAGCACAGAUGUCGAGGCAGAAAAACACAAAGCAAAGGAGAUGUUGUCCAAUGUGUGCAAACCCUCAGUCAGUGGUUUAACGUUUCAUUCAGCAGUCCUUUCCUGGUGUCCCCCCAUCCCCCUCCCAGCCAGAGACCCCACUGGCGCAGACAAACACACUCACACGCACACACCUCCUCUGCUCUGCUACGAGCUGGCCUUGUCGCAGAACGGCACCGAUGGGGACUACAGGCCAGUCUAUCAAGGAAAUGACACUACAUUCACAUUAGGAGACCUCAAGCCAGCUACUCACUACUAUGCCAGGGUGUGUGUGGCUUGUCGCUCCAUCAAGGGCUCUCCGUCAGAGGCAGUGACGUUCACGACUCUAUGCGCCCCACCAGACACCCCCCCCCCCGGGUCCUCCUCCGGACCAAGAGCUCUGUGGGGCUGCAGUGGAAGUAAUAAAAUGACUGGCUGUGUUCUUAUGUGUCACCAGGCCCCCAAUGACAAUGGCGCAAAAAUCACUGCCUACCUUCUGGAAUGCUGUGAGGAGAAGCAGAGCUCUUUUAAGGAGGUGUACUGCGGUCCCUCCAAGCAGUACAAGGUGGUCCGGCUCACCCCCGCCACCAGAUACGGCUUUAGAGUCGCCGCCAAGAACAUCACAGGGAUCAGUGCCUUCAGUGAGGUGCUAUCCUGCUGCACGGUGGGCUGCGCCCCUCCCGCCCCGUCGGCCCCUGCCUUGAGUGCCGUGGGCGUGCGCUGGGUCAGCCUGCACUGGAGCGCCCCCUGUGGGCUGGUGGGCAGAGACCCGCUUACCUACACACUCGAGAUGGAGGAGCCAGAGGGGUUUCAGCCCAAAUAUACUGGAGAGGAGAUGUGCUAUACGGUUAACAGCCUGGAGAGGAGCACAUCCUACAGGUUUAGGUUGUUAGCUGCCAAUGCUGAUGGUUGUAGUCAGCCCAGUGCAGUGGUGGAGUACAGCACCGGUGCAGACGCCCCCACCAGACCAGGAACACCACAGCUACACACACCGCCCCAGCCACACAGAAUACACACCAUCUGGGAUGCCCCAGAGGAUUAUGGAGGAUCUCCCAUAAUGCACUAUAUUUUGGAACUCAGUCAUACAGAUGAUCAGUGGGAGGUAGUAUACACUGGACCUCAGCAGGAACAUGUAUGUGAUGGUUUGGAGCCAGGAACUUCGUAUAAACUCAGAGUGUACUGCCAGAACCAAGGAGGACAGAGCCAGGUGUCUGAGUGCCUGUCAGUACAGACUGCCCCAGUGCAUCCUGGGCCAUGCCGAGCUUUGUCUGUGUCUGGAGAUGCAUCACCCUCAGAGAUCACACUCAGCUGGGAGGCACCAGAGUGUAAUAGCGGUUUGGAUGUGUGUGCGUAUGCUGUGGAGAUGGCCGACUCAGUGGAUGCAACACACAUACACGUGUACGAGGGCCCUGAUCGGAGCUGCGUUGUCAGAUCCCUGCUACCCGCUACAGGCUACUGUUUCUGGGCCAGAGCUGCCAACCAGGCAGGGUGGGGUCCUUGGUCAGACAUGUUCGAGGCCUCCACAGCUGCUGGACCCCCACAGCCAUGUGGUCCCCUAGUCCUGACCGUCAGGAGUCCCACAUGCGUCAACGUCAGCUGGGAGGUACCACCGUGUAACGGGUCGAAGGUCUAUGAGUUUCGGCUGGAGUGGGGGUUGCUGGGCGGGUCCCUUCAGGUGAUCUACCAUGGCCCCUCGGCCUGCUGGGAGAUGACAGAACUGACCCCUGCGUCAGAGUACUGCUGCAGGGUGCAGGCUGUCAGUGAGGCUGGGGAAGGGCCCUUUGGGGAAAUCACCGUGAUAACGACUCCCCCUUCAGUGCCGGCAACAGUGGAGUGUGUUGAAGAGGUUUCUGCCGAGUCUGUGAGUGACAGCACAGCCGGCGCCUCCCCCUCACGGCUCGCUCUAAGGUGGAAGGAGCCCUGUUGCCAUGGUGCGGAGAUCACAGGAUACAACAUUGAUCUGGGAGAACAGCUCCCCCUCUCUGUAGGGAGGAUCAAUCACCACAUGCUGGAGAACCUGCAGCCUAAUACCACAUACAGGGUCAGAGUUCGGGCUCUGAACAGCAUUGGAGCUGGACCUUACAGCUGCCCACUGAGGGUCCGUACUCCCCCUCUGCCCCCUGACCCCCCCUCGCUGGAGUGCACCGUCUGCAGCCCCCACACUCUGAAGCUACGCUGGGGAGAGGGGCCCACACGCACCCCCACACCCAGGGGUACACACUACUGCCUGCACAUGCAGACAGGCGGGGACAGGUUGGUGUGUGUGUACAGCGGUUCGAGCCACUCGUUUAAGCUGCAGCGUCUCAGUGAAGCCACCGAGUACCAGUUCAGCAUCCAGGCAGUGAGCUCAGCUGGCCGGGGGCCCCUUUCCCCCCUCUACAGCUUCAGCACCACCCGCUCACCCCCACCUCAGCUGAAAGCUCCAAAGAUUGAACCAGUCCAGUGGAACAUGUACUCAGUCACCUGGGAGACCCUCCAGCCAAUGAAAGGAGACCCUAUGCUGUACACACUCCAACUGAUGCGGGGGAAGGAAGUGGAGCGGCUCUACCGUGGGGCUGCCACCUCUUACACCUGGCAGGGUGUGCCCACGGGCGCCGACUGGCGCGUGCGUGUGUGUGCUGGGCGACGCAGGCCAGAGGGAGGUGAGCUGUGGGGGCCAUACAGCCCCGGCACAGCCCUGCCCGCCCUCCCUGAUGCCAACCGGGACGCCAAAUCAGUGGCAAAUGCCAGCAGCAGCAGUGGGCAGUGUCACCGAAGGUGGAAGCUCACAGACGAGCACUUCGCCUUGCUGGUGUUGGUGGCAUUUGGUGUCGUGGCAAUCCUGUUUGCCGUGCUCAUUCAGUAUCUGUUCCUGUGUAAGGACUGAGGAAGAGAGAGAAUUAGAAAAAGUUGAAGAAGAAGAAGAAGAAAAAGAAGAAGAAACAGAUGUAGAGAGAGAAAGAGAAAGACAGCAAGAGAGAUGAAGAAAAGAAAGCAGGAGCAGGUCUCUCAGCACAUUCUGUAACUGGCACACAGUGAGCUCAUUUCAUUUCCCAGUAUAUUAUUAUUAUUAUUAAUAUUAUUAUUAUGUUUAUUAUUAUUAUUAUUAUUUUAUUAUUAUUAUUAUUAUUAUUAUUAUUAUUAUUAUUAUUAUUAUUAUUAUCACUACUACUACUACUUCAUAUGAGACCAUAUUUAGUUGACAUAAGAAGGUACUUUUUAAUUUUAUGCCAUGACCAAUGCAAACUGUGACGAUAGAUGUUUAGACUUAACGUCUUACCCAUCUGUCUUCCCAAGAGAAAAGCUUCGGCCAGUGUGUCUGUGUUUCUGUGUGAGAAGCCAGUGGGGCUGUAUCUCUGAACAGCUCUACAUGAUCUGGCUCAUGAUUUCUAGAUGUUUCUGUAUGUCCAUGGCAAAUGGCAAAACUGGACAAGGGUAGUCGUUCUGUUAGCUUUGGCACCCACAUUCUUUUAAUCUCCUUGAAUGCUAACGCUACAUAGAUACAAUUUUAUACUUUUUUAAAAUACUACUCAUACACUGAUGUGUCUUUGGGAGCUCCUGCAAUGUCCAUAAUUGAAGCCUGGGAAAAAAUGUGGGCUGUUCCACAGGAUAUAUGUCAGGAACCGAGAUUCAUCUUGUUCUCUUUAAACUGUUAUGACAGCAGUUCAAAGCGAGAUGGUGCCAAAGCUUUCAAUAAAUAUGCUCAACGUGCUGUUUUUGCAAACUCUCCCCCGUUAAGGUGGACAGAGAGUGUCAUACUUUUACAGAUUAUUUUAUCUAGCAGGUAUAUUUUAACAUCAGCAACGCCAAGAGAAACACAAGUACGUAUUCUCUGAUGUUGGGAGAGUUUAAUAUGUUUGGUUCUGCUAUCAUACACGUACACAUAUGCAUACAUUCUAGUUAUGUUUUAUGUACACCUAGAUAAAGCAGUACUCUCAAGAUAUAUGAAGUAUGCAUUUGUUAUAAAUGUAUUUCUAUUUGGCUCAAACUGAGCGCCAUAGUCUUUUCCUGGCUUUAGUCGACCAUUGAUACGUAUGUAUGUGUGGUGUUGGGAGGUUUAUUGUGAGACAGUAAGCUGCAAGUUGAACUUACAAAUCUUUAACCAGGACUAAUUUACCUAAUGUUACCAUGAACCCUUAUUAAAACUGUUAGUGGUUGUGGUGACAGGUUGGACAACUGUUAUAAAAUCAUGUAAAUGUCAGCUAAGCAAUUCGAGCUACCUAGUUUGGCUAAAUACUAAUGUAUUUCAAUCUGCCAAACCAAUUUAAUUCUGAGUUUCUAUGCCAUUGUUGCUCUAUGUCAUGGUUUCUGGCUUCAGUAUGAACCAGAGGGCAGUGGGAAUGGUGGACGCAGUCACAAAAGUAGCGACGCUUUGACAGUUCAGAGGUCAAGGCCAGGGCCAAAUCUAAGCCCGGGAAAUGACUCUUAUCUCUGGGAUUUGGAGGGAGGCCUAGUCUUCACAUUGUAGCACGUACAUACAUUUGGCAAAGUCCAUAUUUUCCCAGGGAGGUUUUUAUUUUUUUUUAUUUUUAAAAGAAACAUGGUGCCUUUUGAACUUAUUGUGAUCUUCCUCCCUCGUUUGCUGGUCAUCAAAACAAAAAGCAGAGAUCUAUCUGGCUCUACCAAGUCCCCACCAUCCGUUCUCCCCUUUGAGGAUUCUAUUCCAUAAACCAAAAUUGUAGGAUCUCCCAUGGAAUAAUUAAGUAUGUUUGUUUAUUACUUACUAAGACAAACAUCUGGGAAAUAGCCACUUAUUCUAAUCUGUCUUGUGUGGACUGUCCAUGACCUCUGCUUCUGUUUCUCUGUGCUGUCCUGGUGAGCCCUAUGCUCUGUAGUCUAUUUGGUACACCCUUAGAAAGGAAUAGGGUUCCUGUCAGCCAUGUUAUCAUUGUGGGAAACUUUGAAUGCUGCAUAGUGACCUCAACAAUCGGAUGUGCCUGAACACCAAAACACCUCUUCUACAAGUACAAAAUGGGGUUUAACUACAAAUCACUUUUUGCUCAUAGAUUAGCAUUGACCUAUAAUGGACGGUUAUGUGUCCUGGUUGAAUUACUGUAAAACUAUGGUCCAUAGCAUUUGACUCCCAUCUGUGGCAUAUAGCUCUGUUGAUUUGGAAAUCUUAGAGGAGACGUUUAUGCUGCCCUCACUCACCUGCCUUUCAAAUGGUUAUAUACUGUUUUAUUUCAAACUUGCCUUUUUUUUCAUAGGUGUAGCACUCUCCCUUAUCUGAGAGAUGUGUUUCCAUUGGUAACACAACUUGUUAAAUUACUUUUAGAGGUAAAUAACAUCUCGUUAACCUGCUGCUUACUCCAUAUCUUUAAACAUUUGAUUUCUGUGCAGCAGAUGUUUGAUAGAUGAUACAAAAUCCCUGUUCCCACAUACACUGUGAAUGACUGUUAUAAUCCAAAUUCAAAACUUGAGUUAACAGAACAUAUAUCAUGGUACACUUCUCAAGUACAACAAAAGGUAAUAAAGUCUUAAAACUGCCAUUGCUUGAUAUACAGUAUAUAUCUUGCAAAAUGCUUGACCGGAGUCGUUGACUAAAAUGACACUACCAUUUGCUCCAUUAGUUACAUUGUCAAGGACUUUAUUACCUUUUGUCAGACAUAAACAACACUGUUAAUAAGGAUUCUCUGUGUGUCCAAAUGUAAUGACACUGGCUCAACUACAGGCUAACAAGUAUCGCCCAGGAACUCUCCAGGGAUGUCAUGUGGGGUUGUGUGUCACGCCAUCAUGCUGUAACUCGUACCUUAUCUGUAUUGCCCAACAAGAAGCUGAGCGAGCCUUUACGAAAACUUGAGUCAAGUUUACGCUUACUGUUUUUCAAGGACAACAGCCAUACCACAUUGCAAUCAGUUCGAAAUGUAUGUCUCAUACCCCUCUCUAAGCUUACCAACGAUUAUUGCUGCUACUACUCCUUCUGCUGCUCUUGUUACCUGUAUCAGUUUAGUGAGAGAAAAAAUACAUUUUAACAGAUUUAUAUGAAAUUAUUAUUAUUUUUCCUUAGUGGUAAAUGACUUGUGACGUAUGUAGGGUUAUCACCUUUAGACCCUGUCCUCCUCGACUGAAGUUUGCUUGGUCUUUUUUUACGAAGCUGCUGGAGCUCUUGUUUGUAUGUGUGUGUGCUCGUUUCCACUCAACCUCGAAUUGGCUUCGGUUUGAAAGUGGGGGGUUUUCUCAGGCCAAUAAGUUAAUAAAAUCACUUUAUAUAGCGGUAUUCUGCAUUGGAUCAUCUGAAAACAAACUCAUUAAUCGGUCCUGUGGUCUCAUGGUUUCGCACACGGUUCUGUCUGACCACAGAAUUGGAUUGCGCUCUUGCGCUCAAUGACUUGGGUCCACUGAUCUUGAGUAAAACAUUCUCAAAGUUUCUGACAGAUAGUCCUUGUCUGAUUUGAACCUUUACUCACAUAUACAAAUUAUUGUAUACUUUUCAUGUAUUUUUCAAUUUAUUAUUUUAUCAAAAGGGUUGCACAAAAAGGGCUUUCACUGAAUCAUGGGAAUUGCUCCAAUGAAUAGGGGAAAAAGGCAAAAGAAUCUUCACACUUACCCUCUCAUCCCACGUGCCAGUAUUUUCAGACCACACAAACUGAGUUUUACAGCAUAUUCUCUUUAUUUUGAUACUGAAAUGUAUUUUUUAUUUUAAAUACAAAUGUAAUACAUUCCAAAAAAUAUUUAUCUACAUCAUUGGUCAUUAUUUCUAGUACAAAUCUCACUGUUUAUGUUAUCUGUUUUGUUCUAUUGCUAAACACAAGAAAAAGAUAAACUGCCAUGUAUUAUUGUCAUAACUAAAUUGUAACAAUCAUAGAUAAUAUAUUUAAUAUGGCAAAUAAAUUAUAGUCCUUAUAUGAAA